UCAGUUGUGCGCCAAGCUCAGCUUCGGCCUCUUCGUUUCACUCCGCUCCGCUGUGGCACCUGGUAUCGUCCAUAUUAUCGCGCCGUUUAUUUUGAUAACUGCUUCUGCGGUCGGUCUGUAAUAUUGUUUUUAGGCAAAACAUUAUCCGCAAACCACUGACGACGUCUUGAGAAAGGACUAACGAGGUCCGAUUGCGCAACGAAAAUGCUAAAGCCAUCGAUUAUCUGCCUCUUUUUGGGCAUUUUGGCGAAAUCAUCGGCGGGCCUCGCUGGAAACCUGUUUCCGUACUUCCAUAGCUAAUGACCUAAUUUAUGUAUUCACAAUAUUGGUAAGCUCUCUGAACCUAAAGUCUGGAUUUCCAGAGUUCUACUUCCCCAACGAGGCGGCCCAGGUGCCCAACUAUGGGCGCUGCAUAACGCCGAAUCGGGAGCGUGCGCUGUGCAUCCAUCUGGAGGACUGCAAGUACCUAUACGGCCUGCUGACCACCACCCCGCUCCGGGACACGGACCGGCUUUACCUGAGUCGCAGCCAGUGCGGCUAUACGAACGGCAAGGUGCUCAUCUGCUGUCCGGACCGCUACAGGGAGAGCUCAUCGGAGACGACGCCACCGCCCAAGCCCAAUGUAACCAGCAACAGCCUUCUGCCGCUGCCAGGACAAUGCGGCAACAUCCUGUCCAAUCGCAUCUAUGGCGGAAUGAAGACCAAGAUCGACGAGUUCCCCUGGAUGGCUCUAAUUGAAUACACCAAAAGCCAGGGCAAAAAGGGUCACCAUUGCGGCGGAUCCUUGAUCAGCACAAGAUAUGUGAUCACAGCCUCGCAUUGUGUCAACGGAAAGGCACUGCCCACCGACUGGCGGUUGUCCGGUGUUCGUUUGGGCGAAUGGGACACCAACACUAAUCCCGAUUGCGAAGUAGAUGUGCGCGGCAUGAAGGACUGCGCGCCACCGCAUCUGGACGUGCCCGUGGAGCGUACUAUACCCCAUCCCGACUAUAUACCGGCCUCCAAGAACCAGGUCAACGACAUAGCCCUGCUGCGUCUGGCCCAGCAGGUGGAGUACACCGACUUUGUGCGACCCAUUUGCCUGCCUCUGGACGUCAAUCUGCGGUCGGCCACCUUCGACGGCAUCACCAUGGACGUGGCCGGCUGGGGCAAAACGGAGCAGCUGUCGGCCAGCAACCUCAAGCUGAAGGCAGCCGUGGAGGGAUUCCGGAUGGAUGAGUGCCAGAACGUCUACAGCAGCCAGGACAUUCUCCUCGAGGACACACAGAUGUGUGCCGGCGGCAAGGAAGGCGUCGACUCCUGUCGCGGUGACUCCGGGGGACCGCUCAUCGGCUUGGACACCAACAAGGUGAACACCUACUACUUCCUGGCCGGCGUCGUGUCAUUUGGACCGACUCCGUGCGGUCUGGCCGGAUGGCCAGGAGUUUACACGCUGGUGGGCAAGUACGUUGAUUGGAUACAAAACACUAUUGAGUCCUGAUUGUAAAAUGUCAUAUUGUAAAUAAAUUCGACUAACGGUUUCCGUUU